AGCAAGAAUACAGUAUUUCGUACGCUCACAGCUUGUUGACCCACAGCUCCCGGCGCGCAGCUAUGCCCAAAGAGGACGCUCAGUUACAUCCUCCGCCACUCAAGCGGGGAGAUGCCUGCCUCUACUGCAGGAAGCGCAGAAUUCGUUGCUCAGCCACAAAGCCCACCUGCACUCACUGUGCAAAAAUCGGCCGCGAAUGUGUUUACGAUGUCAGGAAACCCACAAGCAGAGUACAGCAACUUGAGGAAAAGGUCGCUCAGCUGGAGAGCUUACUGAAGAAUGGAGCAAUGAAGGGUGAUGGGGCACCAUCCGGAUCAGGACUACAGGCGAGCGGAUCUACGCCGCCUCUGCCGCAUCAGUCUUCAGGCUACACUCCCUCAGAAGCCACAGCUUUACCGCAGCAAACAUCCACGUCGACCUCUUACUCAUUAUUGAACAAUGAGACAAUUGACGUCAACUUGUUUGGAGGCAAAUAUCCUGCUAUACCGCCGGCUGGCGACGAUUCCAAUUUGUUUCCCAGUUUCGGAGGAUCCAUCUUUGGAAGCAUGGGCUCGAUAAUGUCCCAGCCUCAACCUCAAGCAGAACAAGCUUUCGAUUUUUCUACCCUCGAUCCUACAUUCAUGAACAUGAUCAACUCCUUUCAAACUUCUACUGGUCUAGCCGAACCCGUACCGCAACAGGAACAACAACAAUUACCCACGGCCUUCGGCCAGUCUCCAGCGCCGCUGGCCUCUCCAUCUUACCUCAACCCUGCCCAUGCCAAUAUUAAUUCACACGCUGCUCAACCCUUCCCCUCUUCCACUGCUACUGAACGCAUGCCACAAUCGUACACUUCUCUGCCCAAACUUCCUUUCCUCAAUAACAAUUUUUGCACGUCUGUCGUUUCAGAGGCUCUACCUGAAAAUCCCUCGGUCGUUGCGGAAUUAGCAUCGGCGAACGCAAACGUGCAUGAGGAUAUGGCUGCCCUUCUCAAAGCCGCUGCUGCGUCUAACGCGGAGCAGUGGGCGACGGGGAUAGUACAAGGGUCGGAUUUCGAAGGGGGGCAGGAGAAUAUGCAGCUUGUUGGGGGUUGGUUUGAUGCUAAUGAUUUACCAAAGGUCGCAAGGGAUCAUCUUUUGAAUAUGUUCUUUUCUGGUAUGAGAUUAUUUGGUCAAGAGUUCCAUGUCCCUCGGUUCAUGGCUAGCCUUUCCCUUCCGCUCUCAAAACGUCCACACAAUUGUCUUCUUUACUCUAUGUAUACCAUGGCCUCUCGCAUAUCCACCUCUCAACCCAUCCGCAACCUCGAACCCCAUUUCCACUCCAUCGCAUGCCGUCAACUCGAGCUCGCCAUCGCCCAAGUAGAUAAGCUCUUGGAUGCGAUCCGAGCGAGCUCCAUCCUUGCCGUAUACAAAUACAGUAUAGCGCGGUACCAUGAAGCGUGGAUGAUGUCUGGCCAAGCUGCGAGACUGGCGAUUGCCUGCGGUCUGCACCAGAUACAAUCGUCCGUUUGGAAAUCGUAUAAUAACGAAGCACAUGAGAUGACUGCUGAUUUCGGGGGGCUGAUGAGACGUCGGUCAUAUAUCCUACCACCACCUGUGGAUGCAGUAGAGCAUGGAGAACGGAUAUGGGCUUUCUGGUCGAUCUUCGUGGUAGACCGAUGUGGAUCAAUAUCCACACAAUGGGUGCCGGCGAUACCGGACGAUGCGAUUAUAACGCCUUUCCCUAGGCCGCUACACGAAUACGAACUCGGAUUAGUGACAGAGGCCGAUAAUAUCUCCAUCUCUUCCAUUUACGCUCCAUCUCCUCCUCGUUCCCGACCACUACGCUACGACUAUGCAGAUCUGGUUAAAAUCCGUUUACGAGCAUUAACCCUUCUGGAGCGAGCUUCCAAAUUGAUGUACCUGCCUCCCGAACCGGGAUGGGAUAAAAACAUUGAAAGGCACAGAUCUGAAUCUUCUGGAUCAACGUUUUUCGUGCCCAAGAGACCUGAUGAGAUGUAUGAAUACCUCCCUUCUCCGUCUGGGAGCGGACCUACCUUUUCCUCAGGAUCAAAUCAUACCGACACAGCAGGGGAUUUCAGGAAGAAUAGAGGCUGGACGAGGACAGCAAAAGUGAGGAAUCCGAAAGCAUAUAAUGAAGUUCGCGAGGCUUUACUACUUAUUGAAGAGGAUUUACCAGAGGAAUGGCGGACGAAUUGGUUGGAAUGGGAUGGGAAAGUGCAGGCGUGGCAUUUUAAUGGUGCGAGAAAGGAUAUCAUCUCGCUCCAUCUGGUCCUGGGUUGUGCAUGGAUGUUCAUCGAAGAUGUCUAUGUGUUUGGUGCUGAGAAUACGACAGCAGUAAAUAUUGCCAAGCGACUAACCGUGACAGUGAGGUAUCUUGCGCAGCAAGCCGCACAUUCAGAUUUAGACGUGUUCACAGCUAUGAUUUGGAGUUUCAUGUCGAAAGUUUUGAUCAGAGAGAUGAAGCGGCGCGAGUCUUCCGGUGAUAAGCUAGGUGCUGCCGCAUUAGAACUCGACAUUGACACGCUUGUUCAAGCACUUAAACAAUUUGGCAGAGGGUAUGCUAUGGCAGUGAUGCAAGCUAUGCGGCAAGAGAGGUACAAGAAUUCUAGCUGGGAAAAUGUGGAGUCCAUGGAAGGGGAUAAUGAGGGCUCGAGUGAUGAAGAGACAUUUGGUCGGAAGGAGGGGCUGGAAUGGGCGGGACGGCAUUUCGGAGGGGCAACAUCUUAGCUUUUAAGGGCUGUUUAUAUGUAUAUAAUAAUCUAAAGAUGUAUCAUAUUAUAUAACU